AUGGCGACAACAGGUGAACCGACGGAGGAGUCUAUUACUCUAUUUUGUGACAUCACAGACCUUCCCCGAAACGAGGCCAUUACCCGCUUAAAGGCAAAUAAUAAUGACCUCCAACGCGCGACCGAAGAGUAUUUCGAAGAUCCCGACAGUCAGAAGUACAAGUGGGAUGAAUCACAGUUUAGCAUGGAUCGCCAUGGCGAAGCGACUGGUUCGGGGAUAUGUGCGGUAUUCAUUUGCCUCGUAGCCAGCUAUCAGAAUAAUACGGCUCCGACCAGACCCCCUUCGCGAGCUAAUAACACAUCCUCUUUUGGUGCACCAGCCAACGCUGCCGAAGAAGAUGCAAAUUUAGAACGGGCCUUAGCCGAAUCUGCCGCCGAGUCGGGAAUUCAACGCCAAGAAGCUGGUAUUAUUGACAACGAAACGAACCUAAAAUAUUUUGGUCCUGCAAACCGACCGGAAUAUGAUACUGAACAGUGGGCUAUGGUUCCUACUAAAACGAGUAUCGAUGCCGUGAAAGCCGAUCCUACCCCGUCCCAUAGGAAGCGCGACCCCGAAGCUCCUACAUUUCUUAGACAGACCAAGGAUCACAGGGUCGGUUUCAUUUUAUCGAUUUACCAUAAGAUCCCGGCUGUCAGAAACAUUCUACUUCAGUGCGGAAAUCCAGCUAAGAACUAUGGACACAACUCAGAAUGGUGGAAAGGUCAGCCAAUUCUUAAGCAUGAACAUUUGGCGGCGAUGGCAAGAGGAGAGUCGAUCUGGGGUGACGAGGCGCACCCGGAGUUUUCCGAGGAGCUUCACCGUCUAAUGGCCUUUCUUGAUAAGACGGAACGGAGUUAUGGGACUGUUGACGGUCUCAUCGAUACUAAAGCAAUUGACCCUAGCUUUGGAAGUUGGAUGCCUGACGUUGAAGAUAAACUCUUCGAGGCUAUUAAGGAAGAGGCCCCUAGCAACCCUGCCUGCGACCUAGAACCUAUGACUACCAUGGGAACUGUCCUGUCUUGUGCCCCUGUACAAAGCGAAGAACUCCUACCAGAGGGCGAUGCUGACAGUUGGGGCGAUGAAGAACAAGAUACCCCGUUUAUAUUCCUGGAUUUGGCAUUAGACCAUGAACAGUACCAAUGGGUGAACACAUUCUACGACGCGUUGGAUAACUUGCUCUGGACACAUGCAUUAGCACUGGACCAUUCCUUCCCUGAGGAUUCCAAUUAUGCCGUAUUAUCCAAGCCUGCAGAGAUUAUGACAAUACGGCUUAAUGGCACCGGUUUAGUCAAGCCCUGUGAGGUGCCGGCCGUGCUUUAUGUGGAUCGGUAUAUGAGAGAUCGAAAGGAUCUUGGGCUCAAGUUCCAGACCUAUAUGCGCCUAGCAAAAAAGAAGCUACGCUUAUACGAUCUGUUAGAGGCAAGUUUGGUAAGAUGUCACGGUCAACAUUGCCAGAAAGUGAACGGAUUGGGCAAUGGUCCUCAUGACCUCUUCGCUUGUCUAAAUGGAAUCAUGAAACACAGCGAAAGAAUGAUGCAAAGUCAAAUUAGGGCUGCGCAAUGGCGUUAUCAUUAUGAUCGAAUGGAGGAGGGACUGGGACUCGGCCUUGGAGACCUUUACGAUAUUCAUACAUGGAGCGGGCCUUACACAUUUCUCCCCGAAGAAGAAGAGAGAAUGAAAAAAUGGACAAGCGUUGUUGAUGAGUGCAGAGAGAAACUUGAAGAGCUUAAGACGGAUCUGGCGAACCUUGUAGAGGCAAAGAAGGCAUACUACGACUCCAUGAGAGUGAUUUCGAAGCGAUUAACGUGCCAAGAACACGAAGUAGACGAUGAAGAAUAUGUCUUCCGGUCGACCACUGCCUAUCAUCCAGAAUACUGGAACCCCACUCAUAAAUACACCCUUCGCGGCGUUGCGCUUACGAAUGAACUCGCAUAUGUAUGUGUCAGACAAGGGGGCGAUUCGAUGGAGGUCGAUGGGGGACCUGCUUCCUUGGAUCAGUGGUGGAAAAUAGGAUAUUCGUCGGGCGAAACAAACCCAAUCAAAACCGAGAAAGCAAUACUGGAAGACGUCCUCCACGCGGCCGGGACCGAGUCUAAGUAUCCUAUAUUCAUAUAUGCAUCUGAAGCCGCUAUGGAAGCAAAGCCUCUUCCUUUGUCGGAUGCUCUACGGAUGUUCGUACGGGCCGACAAUCGCUCAUUUCAACAAGAGCUUGCCCAAGAGCAAAGUCCGGAACAAUUACAGAAUCCGGACCUCCCCGGAACCGGAAUCACAGCCGAGAAUUUAUCUUAUGUCCCUAACAUAAAGACGAUCAAACGAAAACAUAGCAUUGGUUCGUCGGUAGCAACACGCGGCAGUUCUCGCGAUGACCUCGAUGAUGUUGAUUUAAUAUUUGAUAAUCCGGAUCAGUUCCCAACCUAUCCAGCACUGGGUAAUUACUACGAACCAGUUGCUAGCAGUAGCCCCCAGUCUAAGAAACUUGGCGGCAUUGUUGAGUCACUCGCAAAUUGCCGUACUAAUGAAAAUGAGCCGACGGGAUCAGGGGGUUGGGUCACAAAUGAGCAGGAACACUUCUCAGAGAUGCAACCUAGCAUGGAACACAGCAACAUGGAGGAGAUGCAAACUUUUGACUCUGACACAUCUAAGCCGCCUGAGAUGCAAGAGCGCACUGGAGGACCCGCGCCAUUCUUAACCCGGUCCAGCCAUGAGACUCAGAGCGGUCCGAUCGACAUGAUGGACAUUGACCUGGAUGUAGAACAUCACGAAUAA